ACAAGUCCUCCGUGAAAAUCACAAAGAUCCACCGAUGAUCCAAACCAUGCAUUGGCAGACAGUUGAGCCUUUCGACAGUCUUGCAUUUGUUACAAUGUGAUAUCAACCUGCGCAGUCUCUCUUUUAUUAUAUACCCGCCCACAAGUUGGGGACGACGCUCCCAUGGCGGCUCUACUACCUCGACAGAGCCGCUUCAUCUGCCGGUCGUGUCAGAGAGUCCUCGCAUCGAGUUCGAACCGGCGACAGUUCGUCUCACGGACAACCAUCGCCGCGAAGCAAGAAGUGUCGCCGAAGUCCCGCAGACAUGUUUCCCUCCUCACGAGGAUCAGGAACGCUCCUGUCACGGAUGCAGCAUCAUCUCAUGACACGUCUCCAUCACAAUCGCAACAAAUCCAGCAGUCACAGACCGCUAGGGCUCCCUCAGAAGUAUCUCUCAAAACAUUCAACCCGGCGGCAGGACUCAAGAAGCUCAAAGACGACAUCACCCGUCUUACGUCGCAAGAUGUUGCGGCAUCGCGCGAAGAGGUUAUGGCCAUCCUACUGGGAAGUUACGAAUAUGCAAACUGCAUUGUGUUCGGGACGAGCAAGGGACCCAAGGAGGGAGUAGAAAAGUCGGGAGAAGAUCUGUCGCAGGCCGUGCUUCGAGAUUUGGCCGAAGAUACUUCCAAGGAAUCAUCAGACGACGCUCCAGCGUUUGUUCCAGAUCGGGAAAUGUCGGCGCCCUUUCGACAAAAUGCUGCAGGCACGAUUGCCGAGCUGACCUAUACACUACUUCGCGACCCCAAGGUUUACAUCUCCGAGGAUAUGCUUCAAGUGUAUGUCCGCAUUCAGUGUAUGCUGGGAAAGCCGGAGUAUAUUCCAGAGAUUUUCCAUCUGUUCGCACACAAGAAGAUUCCGAACCCGAAGACCAAGCCAGUGAGAUACUCGGACCCCUGGCCGAAGCUGCCCAAGUAUGCUGUGCCGCUCGAGCUGGCCGAGGCUGCUUUGGAGUCGGCCAUCCUGAAGAAAAACCUGCCUCUUGCACUGGCCAUCAUUGACACCACGGUGGCAACUAAGGCUUUUCAUGCAAACAAGAUUCUGCGUCGUGCCUCCUUUCCAAUUAUGUUCGUGGGCGGAACUCCCAUCAUCGCGUACGCAGGGGCAAAUUGGGUGUCGCAUUGGCAGAACACCAUGGACGUCGAGAUGGCCAAGUACACGGCCAUUGCUGGAGCGUUGGCUUAUAUCGGAACAUUGACGACGAUCGGUUUCGUCGCCGUCACUACCGCCAAUGACCAGAUGGUGCGUGUGGUUUGGCGGCCUGGGACCGGCCUUGCCGAACGGUGGGUCAGGGAGGAAGAACGGGCCUUCUUCGAUAAACUCGCUCUGGCUUGGGGUUUCCAAGAGAAGAAGCGUUGGGGCGAGGAAGAAGGGGAGGAUUGGCAGCGGCUCAGGGAUGAAUGUGGUAUGAGGGAUAUGAUUCUUGACAAGACGGACCUCAUGGAGGGUAUGCAAUGAGAGCAGCGGUGUACAAAAUCUUGUAAGAAUGAUAAUGACUACAACAAAGACGGCUUUACGGUCGUUGAAUCACG